UCUCUUAUUUACUCCAAUUACUCUUGCAUGCAACUUUCCUUCCAAACAUUCCACUGCUGUAAACUUGAGACCUUUGUUUAACCAGAUCCAGCCAUAACAAAGUUUCAUCGUCAAUUCAUGUUUAAGUGUCUGGAUGGGUUUAAUCACUUCAAUCUUCUAGUCGUUAAUCUACUGUUUAAUCCGUAUGCAACUGUCUUUUGUUUCUAAGUUUUGCUCGUCAAGUUUUGAAAUUGAAACUGAAGAUAAUGAUAAUGAUAAUCUUCUCAAGGGAGAUCGUACCACUUUAAAAGGAGUUAAAUGUUAAUUUCGCUUCAAUUUUCAACUUAUAAUGACCCAAAGCUGGUCUGUUUUAGAUUUUGGAAACAACUUUGCAGUUUACAUUCAGUUACUUCGUCUUCUUUCAGCCUUUUUCAGCUUAUUUUUGUGUUUUAUAUUUCCUUAAAGAUGACCAUCAUGGAGAACUCGAAAUAUAACUCAAUUGUUGAAGACUUCAGACAAUUGAGACAAACCAUUAAAGCUGUUGAUAUUCAAGAUGUUUUGGACGCCUUAUUUGAAAAAUAUUCAAAAGAAGGAUAUGAAGAGAAGCUCAUUUUGAGUUUGAUCAUGUAUGUACAUCAAAGUGAUACAAGAGCUAAAGUUGGAAAAGUUGACUGGGCUAAAGCCUAUGACGAUUAUAAAAAUGGAAAAGGUACCAUUCUUGAGAUCGCCAAAGAGCUGGAUAUUAGUCCAACAAUCGUAGCCAAAAGAUUUCUUCUCAAUAUUAGUGAUAAACUCACUGUUAAGCAGUGGUUACAAGACACUAAUGAAAUUCCCAAUGGAGAACUUGCAGUUCAAGUAAUGAUGGCUCAAUAUGCAGAUCCCAUUUUCGGCCAACUUUCCCAUUGUGUUAUGCGUAACGCUGGAGAACUAUUUGAAUAUGAAGUUGCUCAGAUUCUUAAGAAAGCUCAAAUUUCUUACGCUUCAGAAAAUUCACUAAGGACGAAAGAAUUCGAUGUUACUCCAGACUUCAAACUAAACAUUCCAAUCGAGAUAGUCUUAUCAUCAGACAAUACAAAAGCGUACAUUUUACCUCCUGUAAAAUUACCUCUAUGUCAGUUGUGUUCAACUGAUGAAUUUUCAAGAUCAAGAAUUUUCAUUUCUUGGAUAGAAUGUAAAGCUCUUUUCGCCUCUGGACACUGCCACAAGGACUAUCUCAAGUAUCAGUUCAAUUCGUAUGCCAAUAGAUUCGGUCGUGGUCUGAUCUUGUACAAAUAUGGAUGUACCCGUAGUGUGAUGAAGAGAGAUCCCAAGCUAAUAAUUGCUGAAGAGCUAGUCUAUCAUGAAUGUGCAAAUCAAUUGGCAAACCUUCGUUUGUAAUUCGUAUCUGUGAUUUCAAGUUUAUUUAAAUUUGUGAUAUCUUGUACAAUAA